AUGUCUUCGUAUGUUAUGAAAACAAUAUUUGGACAUGAAUUUGAUAAAGUUAUAAAAGAGUUAACUGUCGGUGAAAGUGUCGAUGAAGAAAAGGAAGAUUUCGGCAUUUCUGGUAAAGAUCUGCUUGCUGAACAAAAGAGACAAGCAGCUAUGGAAAAAGAACGAAAAGCAAGACAAGCUAAGAUGAAAAAAGAACGUGAAGAAGCAAGACAGAAAAUUCGUGAUAAAUAUAAUAUCAAGAACACAGAUGACCUCUCGACUCCAGUCCACGGUAAAACAAUAACAACAUUGAAUGAAAACAAAGCAAGAGAAAUGCAUCAAACGUCAAAUGUAGAAAAUCAAGGUAGAUGGUUCGGGUGA